AUGAACACGAGUUUUACAAAGUAUUGCGUUCCAGGCGAUCGUUUAUUUUCUAUAGACGAAGGCUACAGUGCAGGGAACGGAUGCUACGAGAUCUACGGUUAUGUGCACGCUGCUUUAGUGGGAAAAGUGAAGGUUUCUGUCCAGCCAUUGCCUGUAAGUCAAUAUGAAAUUGUUUAUUGAUGUUUAGAAUGGGAAAGAAGUUAAGCUGGUAGAAGUAUGUGGAGAAUUCGACGAGAAGAAGUACAUGAUUCCACAACAAGGAUGCAUUGUUACAGCUAGGGUAAGAUAACAUUGUUUGAAUAAUUUUUUUGUAAAAAUUAGUUUUAUAUUGCUUGCAUCAUUUUGGGAGUUGUUUAAAGGACUAACAUUUAAUGUUUGUGGUUAAUUUUUACAUGAUAUUGUUUUAGGUGGAAGCCGUUGGGUUAAGAGCGGCAAAAUGCUCAAUUCUUUGCGUUGGUGACAGUUUGUUAUCAGACGAGUUUAAUGCAGUGUUAAGGAAGGAAGACAUACGGGAAAUUGACAAGGAUCGAGCAGCUUUGUGGAAGGCAGUUCAACCUGGCGACCUUAUUUUAGCUCGAGUUGUUGGAGUUGGAGAUUCGCAAACACAGUUCCUUCUAGGUAUCACAGAGCGUGAAUUGGGUGUUGUUUAUGCAGUAGGACAGAAUGGAGAAAGAAUGGUGCCAGAAAAGGAGGGAACAGUCAAACACAUAACCUCUGAGUACCGAGAACCUCGAAAAGUUGCAGAUCUCAUUCAUUAA